AUGCGAGGAUGGGGGAUGCAUCAAUCUUGUCUCCUCUGCGGUGAGGUUGAUGAAACAAGAGACCAUUUAUUAUUUGCUUGUCCAUACUCUUUUACGGUAUGGAAUUGGCUCUGCUCGGGCUUAUUGGGUGAUAGAAUAAAUCCAAACUGGAACAUCACUACUCGAUCUUUGACUUGCCAUUGGCGAGAUAAACACAACACUAUGCUUCUUAAGUUGGCUUUCCAAGCCACGGUUUACAGUGUAUGGAGAGAGAGGAAUGAUCGUCGGCACAACCGUUCUCCUCGCACUGCUCUGCACAUCGCUCACUCCAUUGUUCACAUCAUAAACUUGCGGAUCGACUCUCUUUUUCCAACGGACGACGACGAACGUUCAAGCUUGCGUCAUCGCUGGGCAAGUUUCUCCACCAUUCCCUCGACUCCUUUAGAUCUUGGAAACUACGGAUGA